ACUGUGUUCGGGAAGGAGGUGGAUACGCUCGUGUCACCACCUGUGAGUGCGUGAUUCUCCUUGGUUAAGAAAUAGAAUACUACAAUAAUGUUGGCAACUUUGGCACAUUGGACGAUUUAGAGUGUAUCUUGUGAUGUGGUGUCGAGAUUGAAAAAAAAAAAAAAUGAUGGCUCCUUCGUGACCAGAGUGAAAAAAAAUGAAUCACAGGAAUAAAUAACACGAAAGAUUUCAUUACAACUAAGCCUCCUGGUUUCAAAAAGCCCGCAUAUUUAACACACCCCUUAAAAAAAAAAAAUCGCCAUAACACGGAACAUGAACUAGUAAGAAAAGAAAAAGAUACGAAAAGAAAACAAGAAGUGAUCGCGUCUCGAAGGAAAAAAAAAAAAAAAAAAGGUCGAGAAAGCAACAAAACUCCUCUCCAAAAAGCGAUAAAGAUGCCGAAGAAAAACGUUAUUGCCUCCCUGCUGUUUCACCUCCUCUUCCCUCGUCCUCCUCUUCGUGCCUCCUUCCUACGGCCUCGGGCAGGACUCGACGCUGGACAUCAACUCGAGGAAAUGCGAGAGGAUUACCAUACCCAUGUGCAAGGAAAUGCCCUACAACACCACCAGCAUGCCCAACCUGCUGGGGCAUUUCACACAGGCGGAGGCGGCGAUACACGUGCACGAGUUCAUGCCCCUCGUCGACAUCAACUGCAGCCCCCACCUGAGGUUCUUCCUGUGCUCCCUCUACUCGCCCAUGUGCACGCCCGUCGUCCGCACCGUCAUCCCCUCCUGCAGGGCGCUGUGCCUCGAGGUCAAGUCGAAGUGCCUGCCGGUGCUGCGGACGUUCAACUUCUCGUGGCCGGCCGCCCUCGACUGCGCCCGCCUACCCACGCCCGAGAACAACGGCCUGUGCAUGGAGGUGCCCAACUUCUCCUCCGAAGCCACGCCCCCGCCCUCCUCGCGCCUGCCCAAGGCUCCCUCGUCCGUCAACAGGCCCGCCCACGGGACGCCGGCUGCGUGCCCCCCUCGCCAGACGUGGGUGGCCACGAGACACGGGGGGAGCUGCACCCCAAAGUGCGGCCAUGACGUCCUCUUCCGCCGCGAGGACAAGCACUUCGCAGAGGUGUGGCUCCUGGUUUGGGCGGGCAUCUGCUUCGUGUCGACUCUGUUCACGAUGCUCACCUUCUGGCUCGACCCCGCGCGGUUCCGGUAUCCCGAGAGGCCGAUCAUCUGCCUGUCCCUCUGUUAUCUGCUCUACUGUCUUGCUUAUCUUGCCAGACUCGUGGUCCCGGCGGAGGUUUUGUCCUGCCAGAUGUCGCCUUCAGGAGUCUCGCAUCUCAUCGUCGAGGGCCUUCAGUCGUCAGGGUGCAUCGUCACCUUUAUCCUACAGUACUACUUCGGAAUGGCCUCCGGGAUCUGGUGGGCGGUGCUGACCCUCACGUGGUUCCUGUCGGCGGGGAAGAAGUGGUCGUCGGAGGCUCUGCAGGCGUACUCCUCGUACUUCCACGCCGCCGCCUGGGGCCUCCCCGCCGUGGCCACGAUCGUUAUCCUCACGCUCAAGCAGGUUGACGGCGACGAGCUUGUUGGCCUUUGCUAUGUCGGGAACGUCAACAAGUGGGCCCACAUGAGCUUCGUGGUGUCACCGCUGCUCUCGCUCCUGGCCCUUGGCACCUUCUUCAACGUGCUCGGCUUCGUGGCUCUGUUCAGGGUGCGCAGGGCAUUCAAGCAGGAGGCUGACAACCCUGCCGUGGCCCAGUCGCCCUCCAGUCCAGGUCGUUCCCCCGCCGUGUCAAGCACCUCCACCGCCGCCCCUAUUUACAUGCACGACAGCCCCGGCACGCCCACCAAGGCUGUCACCACCUCCACGAACAUCACCAAACUCGAAAAGCUCAUGGUGCGCAUCGGGGUCUUCUCCGUGCUGUACACUGUGCCCGCCGUGUGUGUGAUCGCGUGCAAUGUGUACGAGUACCUGAGCCGAGACCAGUGGCGGAAAAUGGCUUCCGUGGCCGCGCUGAAGUGCAGUGGUGGCAGCGGUGGGACGGCAAAGCUGCACAGAGGAAGUGGGAAUCUCUCCUAUCGGCAGUAUCACAAUCCGGGCAACACGGCCGCUUCAGAGUGCACGCUGGAGCAGAGCAUUCCGUCUGUUGAGAUUUUUAUGCUCAAGAUCUUCAUGUCGCUCGUCGUCGGCAUCACGUCCGGCAUGUGGAUUUGGUCCUCGAAGACGGUGUUGCUGUGGCAGAAGUUCUUCCGGGGGCUGUGCGGGCAGCGGCAGGACCUGCGCAAGAAGGACGGCCACGUCUACCACCCGCCCAGCCACACGCCCGCCAUCGUCAAGACCACGAACGGGCGGCCGCAGAUGGAGCAGCUGCACCACCUGCGGCCCCCUCAGCCCCAGUCCCAAGGGUCGUCGUCCUCUACGCGAAACCCCCACCACCUGCACCCCCUCCACCUGGGCGGCCGGGCGCAGGGCUCCUCCACGAUGCACCUGUCGCAGGUGUGAGGGCGUCGGGGCACAGGAUCGGGGAGUGGGGGGGGUAUUGCGUUGGUGUUGUUGUAAUUAAUUGUAAAGUUUGUUUGGAGAGUUCAAUCAGUAUUUUGUGUCAUUGUUUUCCACAUUCUCUCUCUCUCUAUCUAUUUAUCUAUCUCUAUCUCUCUAUCUCCCCUCUCCUUCCUUCCUUCCUUCCUUCCUUCCUUCCUUCCUUCCUUCCUUCCUUCCUUCCUUCCUUCCUUCCUUCCUUCCUUCCUUCCUUCCUUCCUUCCUUCCUUCCUUCCUUCCUUCCUUUCUUCCUUCCUUCCCUUCCUGCCUCUCCUUCACAUUUCUUUUGUUAUUCUUUGAUUUUAAUGAUCUCACACACUGUUUAAUCAAUAUGGACUCUUCAUGUGUUUCAUGCAUUACAGGACGCCUUGUAUAUUUAUCUUGUCCAAAGCUUCAUGUGUGAUACUGGAACAUUUAAACUCUUAGAAUGAACCAAAAGGCUGCAUAAUAAAUAAGUCAGUAUUAAGUCAAUAUUUACAGUAUUGGAUUCUUUAUAAAUGCUUCAGUGUUGAUGAAGAAAGGCAAGUAUGUAAAGGAUCAUCUUAGAUAUGAAUGUUACCAAUCACUUAUACUUUGUUUUUAUAUGUAUAUAUUUCUCAAUGCAAAUAGCUGCACCAGCAGUAUUAAGCUUUACAGUCUUUACAAUGAAAAGUGGAAUAGGUAUUUUUUGUAUUUGUUCAUUCUGCUUGUAAAACUUAAUGUUUUUUUCUCAUUCUAUCAAAGAGAACAAUGAAUGUAAUCACAGAUUAAUGUAUGAUUAUGAAAUGUGAUUUAUUUUAUUGUCUGUUCUAAUUGUGUUGUUCAUAAAGUUUCAUAUGUUGUGUUAAUAGUUAUCUUUUUCACUCAUUACAUUAUAUUCAUCAUUCACUCUUAUCAUUAAUGUAGAUUAAAAUUGUUAAUGUCAUUAUAUUGAUUUAUUUAUCAUUCUGCAGAAAAUUAAGUUAAAAGACUGAGAAUGUAUCAAAAUCAGUCUAUUUUUUGGGCAUUUUGUAAAAACAAAUAGACUGAUAGUGACGAGCAAAUGUAGUCAAAGGACCACAAUAUUAAGGUUGUAAAAGAUUGUAUCACAGAUAUGAAGUGAUCUUCUAGGAUUCACAAUGAGGUUGCAUGUACCAAAUAGUGUACCGAAUGUUCCUUUAAAAAUAAUCCAAUUACAUGCAAUACAGUUUAGGGAAAUUAUCCUUUGUAAAGAGCACAAUAUUUUGUUUUAUGUUCUGAGGAAACAAUGUGCUUUAAAUGUAUAUCAUAAACCUUUGAUUUCAGUCAUUGCAGUACUACACUUUAUUUCCCAUAAGUAUUCUAAGAGUGUGUUUAACAACCUGUUUGCUGAAGAGUCUCUUGUUAUGCGAUCAUUGUUACAUUAAAUGUAUUUAUUAUCAUUUACAAUAAUCUAUCUCCUGCAUAUGAGUGGCACACUCACUUGUGAUUUAAUUGUGAUGGUAUCCCUCUUCCUGUCAAAAAUAAGAGUGUUGGGCAGAGACAUCAUCAGGGGGCCAUUCCCCUUGGUUUAGUGGUUUAUUCCCUGUCAGUUCUUAGAAAUUCAUGAGCCACUGUACAUUCUUACCCCAUGUAUUCUAAGGAGUCCCAUGUGUUGAAGAAGUAUUUCCAGUUUAUGAUCUUUGGGAAAGAAUUUUUCUGUUACCUUGAAAAAUGUAUUGCCCUGCCAAAUCUUUCGAUUCUACGUGAACAAGACUACCUCGCCAGUGUAUUACAGUAGUGGUUUAACUUUUGAUAUGCAUAGUGUCUUUUACUGCAGUAUUUCCUUAUAAUUGAGUACUGCAGGAAAUUUAGAAGACUGAAAUCUGAAGAAAUGUACAAAUGUGUUUGUAUGAAUGUGUAUAAUUGUGUAAUAUAACAUUGGUAUUCUAUUUUAUAUAUACACAUAUAUUUUUGGAUUAGUCGUUCAGCAUAUAGUGAGCAUAAUUGAAAGACUAUAUUCGUUUUUGAUAAUGUGAUUAUAGUAUAGUCUCGAUUCAAAAUAAAUGAAGGCAGAACCAGUUUAAUCAAUCCACUUACCAUGAUCUUAUAUUAUGAAUAGUUUAUUGUACCAAUUCACAAGUCUCAUGAAAACUCGAAGUGUGUUUCCUUUAACUGUGAAUGGUUGUUUUGUGAAUGGUCAUUUCAGAUUUUCAGUUUUCUUCAAUAAGAGAUGGUAGAUACUGCACACAAUUUUGUACAGAAUUAGUCCUUGUAUAAAUGAUCCCCUGGAAAUUGACUUGAAAUAAAGAGGGGAUUAUGAUGUGAAUUAUGAAUUUAUAUCUCAAGAGAAAAUUCUUGAGUAUUUUCUGUGUUGCCAUGAUAAAAUUGCAUGAUUCUUAUGAAAGCUGUUUUUGCAAUGUUUAGUCAUGUGAUGUUGACAAAAAGCAGAAAUAUGUAUAGGCUGUAUAUACUGUAUUAUUUUUCAUCUGCUACCAUAUACAUAGCAGAUCGAACUAUUGUAUCUAUGUAUAUUUUUGUAAAUAAUAUUAGAUGUGCGCAAUAUAUAAAUAUAUAUAU